AUGCUUCAGAACAUCGCCAGAGCUGCUCCAGUGUCUAAGCAAUUCCUCAGACCAAGCUUGCAAUUUGCCAGAGUGCAAUUGUACUCUUCCUUCAACCCAGCAGACCAGCCAAGAAUCAGAAUUGGCUCCACUGCUCCUGAUUUCACCGCUGAAACCACCAAGGGUAAGGUCAACUUCCACGAUUUCAUUGACAAGUCUAAGAAAUGGGUCGUUUUCUUCUCUCACCCAGCUGACUUCACUCCAGUGUGUACCACUGAGUUGGGUGCCUUCUCUAAGCUUGCCCCAGAGUUCAAGGACAGAAACACCACCCUUUUCGGUUUGUCUACCGAAGGUGUCGACAGCCACAAUGCUUGGAUUAAGGACAUUGAGGAUGUCACCGGUGGUGAUCCAUUCAGCUUCCCAAUCAUUGCUGACCCAUCUAAGGAGAUUGCUUUCAAGUACGACAUGGUGAGCCAGGAUGACUUUGAGAAGCUCAAGGACAAGAUGGUGCCUACUGUCAGAUCCGUGUUCAUCAUUGACCCAGCCAAGAAGGUCAGAUUGAUCAUGACCUACCCAGCCUCUACCGGUAGAAACUCUGCCGAGGUGUUGAGAGUGCUUGACGCUUUGCAGUUGACCGACUCCAAGGGUGUUGUCACUCCAAUUGACUGGUCUAAGGGUGAGGAUGUCAUUAUCCCACCAACUGUCUCUAACGAGGACGCCAAGGCCAAGUUUGGUGACUUCAAGACCAUCAAGCCAUACUUGAGAACCACCAAGGACCCUAAAUAA